UUCGAAAACAGAAUGGCCGACGACAGACGCGGAGGCGGUAAUUUCAACCGCAAGAGACGUUUCAACAGAGACGAUGAUGAAGGCGGCUACGAUCGCAGACCCCAGCGCAGAAGAUACGAAGAUGCACCUCCAGGAACCCGCCUACGUCGCCAGCUUCUCGCUGUUGCUGAAUCGCCUAUGCGCAAUCCCGAAGACGAAGUGAAGGACAUCGCAAAGCUGGUUACCGACAACUACCACGACAAUUACGUUAAGGAGACAUAUUGUGAUCUGGUCUUGUCGCUAGUGCUGGAGCAGCCAUUCAAGAUUCCUUUCGUCACAGCUUCGGUCCUGUGCGCCAACAACGAGAAGAGCGAGGCAGCCGCUGAGGUCCUGAACCGUACUUCCAUCCUGCUACAGCGUCAUCUCGAUGCUGGCGAGUGGCGCAACGUCAAGCUUUUGCUGCGUUUCCUGGCCUGCUUGCAACCUCUGUUCAGCGACGAUGGAGUCUUUGGCAUUCUGAACGAGCUCUUCGACCGCGCUGUUGAUCUCCAGACUGCCUCUUCGGACGAUGCUGUUGGUCUCGAGCUGGUCAAAAUCAUCCUUUUCACCAUCCCCUAUGUGCUCGCUGCACCCGGUACUGGCUUGGAAGAGAAGGCAGCUGAGCUGUUGGAAAAGACGGACAUUGUUGCAUCCACACCACAUGCCCUGGAAGCUCUGGUCGACCCCUACCCGACAGCUGAGGGCGAGCAGAAGCCCAUGGCUUGCCCCAGCAUUCUCAGUGCUCUGCAGACACAGCUCCAAGGCGAGGCUGCCUCUGGCUGGAAGCUUGAGUGCAUUCCCCGCUUGACCCGUGUUACUUCUCCGGCCCCUAUCGAGGGUGAGAACGGCGAGCAGGCUGCACCCGGCAAGCACUCGUUCCCCCAGCUCUCCGUACCUUCUCCUGUCAACCCUGGUCCCCACUCACUCUUCCCCGAAGUUUGCUUCUCGCUGUUCGCCGACCAAGAUGUCGAGUCUGUACCCCCCACCUCCAACAUUGCUGCAUCGCUUUUACGAGAUGCCGUCACGGAUACUAUCAACAUCCUCGACUUCAACCGAAACGCUGCUGCAAAGUUCCUCAUCGAUGUUGACUGUUAUUGGCGCCCCGACACCUUCGUCAAGCGCGCUACUGCCUUUGACAAGCUCAAGGACAUCCCCGAAGGCCGUUCGACCUGGAAGCCUGAGGACUUGGUUGUCGACGCUGUUUUCUCCCAAAUCCUGCGACUCCCAACCUCGGAACACAAGCUGGUCUACUACCACUCCGUUAUCACCGAGGCGUGCAAAAUUGCUCCUGCCGCCGUUGCUCCUAGUUUGGGAAGAGCCAUCCGCUUCCUCUUCCGUAGCCUCGAUGUCAUGGAUCUCGAACUUCAAUACCGCUACAUGGACUGGUUCGCUCACCACUUGAGCAACUUCGAGUUCCGUUGGAAGUGGGCCGAAUGGAUCGACGAUCUCGAGCGCUCAGAUCUUGAGCCCAGAAAAGCCUUCAUUGUUGGCUCGCUGGACAAGGAGAUCCGUCUGUCUUUCGCCAAGCGUAUCAGGGAGACUCUUCCCGAGGCCUAUGCUCCUCUCAUCUCUGAGGGCAAGAUGAAGGACACUCCCGACUUCAAAUAUCUCAACGAGCAAACUCCUUACUCUCAACAAGGCAAUGCCAUGCAUGCACUCAUCCGUAGAAAGGCCCCUGAAGAGGAGAUCGAGGUUGUCAUCAACGAGAUCCAGGCCCUGGCUAGCGAACACGGUGUUGAAGAUGUCCUUGUGCCUAGCACCGACGCAUACAUGACCAGCAUCUGCUCAGUCGGUAGCAAGUCGCUUUCUCACGUUCUGUCUUGUAUUGAGCGUUGCAAGGAGCGCCUGCUCGCAAUUGGCCCCCAAUCCGAGCUUGCUCGUCGCCAGAUCAUCACAUCAGUCAUUGAUUACUGGGCCGACCACCCCGGAACUGCUGUCAACAUCAUUGACAAAUUGCUCAACUACACCAUCAUCACUCCUAUGAGCGUUAUCGAGUGGGCAUUGCACGACCACAUGCAGCACGGUCGCGCGCUUGCACAGACUCACAUCUACGAAAUGAUCUCGGCCACCAUGUUCAAGGUCAGCAACCGUAUGCGCCAAAUUGUGCGCGCUCGCGCCGAGGCCGAUCUCUCCGAGGAGCAGAAGGCCUUGCUGGACGAGACGUUGGUUCGUGAACGCCAGACUAUGCGUGAUCUCUUCAACGCCAUCAUCGAGGCUGUCUCCACUGUUGCCAGUGCAGCCCAGGAUGACAUGAUCGAGCGCUUCGAUGGUGACAGUGCCGAACAGACUCUGCUCCAGCAGUGGGGUGCCCGCUGGGCUCGUGUCUGGAGACGCAAGAUGGCUGUCGAAGAGGCUGUUGUCGGUGAGGCCGCCAUCGAGAUUGCCGAUGUCGCCAGAGAGGCCGAGAGAGUCAAGGCAGAGGCACAAGCCGCCGAGGCUGCUGCUACCGCUGCCGCCGAGCAACCUGCCGACACCAACAUGGAGCAAGAAGACCAUGACGUCGCAUAAAAGUCUUGAAAUUUAGGAAGUAUUUUUCGACGAAAAGCGGAUGAUGAAACGCGAUGGGGAGCUUGGGACGG